CUUAGGGAUCAAUAUAUUUAGGUUACAUGCUUAGUAUUCAUGAAUAAUUCUAAUUUAUGAUGCUAGGUGCUAUAUUUAUUUACAAUCAUAAAGGCGAAGUCUUAAUUUCAAGAAUAUAUAGAGAUAACAUAGCAAGAAAUGCAGUUGAUGCCUUUCGAGUAAAUGUAAUUCAUGCAAGGCAGCAAGUAAGAUCACCUGUAACCAACAUAGCGAGAACUACAUAUUUUUAUAUAAGACGCUCAAAUCUUUGGAUUACAGCCGUUACUAAACAAAAUAUUAAUGCAGCUAUGGUGUUUGAAUUUUUGAAUAAACUUGUAUAUUUAAUGAAUCAAUAUUUUGGAAAAAUCACGGAAGAAAAUGUUAAAAAUAAUUUUGUACUUAUUUAUGAAUUAUUAGAUGAAAUAUUAGAUUUUGGUUAUCCUCAAAACACUGAUGUUGGUAUAUUGAAAACAUUUAUUACUCAACAAGGAAUUAAAUCACAAUCAAGAGAAGAGCAAGCUCAAAUAACCUCACAAGUCACAGGCCAGAUUGGAUGGCGUAGAGAAGGAAUUAAAUAUAGACGAAAUGAAUUAUUUUUGGAUGUAUUAGAAUAUGUCAAUUUACUAAUGUCAGCACAAGGUCAAGUAUUAAGUGCUCAUGUUGCUGGCAAAGUCAUAAUGAAAAGUUAUCUCAGUGGCAUGCCAGAAUGUAAAUUUGGUAUCAAUGACAAAAUUGUUAUGGAAAGUAAAAGUGGCAAGUCCAGCACUGAUGACAUCUCUAAAAGUUCAAACAAAACUGCCAUUGCAAUUGACGAUUGCCAAUUUCACCAAUGCGUCAAGCUCACCAAAUUUGAAACGGAACACAGCAUAAGCUUCAUACCUCCCGAUGGUGAAUUUGAGCUUAUGAGAUAUCGAACAACAAAGGAUAUAAGCCUCCCUUUUCGCGUUAUACCUUUGGUCAAGGAAAUUGGUCGCAACAAAAUGGAGGUAAAAGUGGCUAUCAAGUCCAAUUUCAAGCCCUCGCUUUUGGCACAAAAAAUUGAGGUCAGGAUACCGACCCCGCUUAACACCAGUGGUGUACAACUGAUAUGCAUGAAGGGUAAGGCCAAGUACAAAGCCAGCGAAAAUGCCGUUGUUUGGAAGAUCAAAAGGAUGGCAGGCAUGAAGGAUUCUCAGAUCAGUGCCGAGAUUGAGUUGCUGCAAACUAACGACAAGAAAAAAUGGACCCGCCCUCCUAUCUCCGUGAAUUUCGAGGUCCCCUUUGCCCCAUCCGGUCUUAAGGUAAGGUACCUAAAAGUUUUUGAGCCCAAGUUGAAUUAUAGCGAUCACGACACGGUCAAAUGGGUCCGCUACAUAGGCCGGAGUGGUCUUUACGAGACUCGAUGUUGAUAUUACAUCACUGCCAGAGGAAAAUGGAAUCAAUUUUUUUUAAAUCUAACCUUGUUUGGUGAAUUUACUUAACUUGUUAUGUUACAUGUUUGCAAUGCUACAACUUUGUGCUUUUUAUAUUAUGUCUUGCCACAAAUCUAGAUAAAUUCAUUCACGACUAAAAAACAUUAUUUUUCUUAUAGCGUUAUUAUUUUUGUGUUGACAUCCCCCCCCCCCCCCCACCACCCAAUUAUUUUGCAAAUAAAAAAUCUUUUGUUUUUCUUACGUUUUAUUAACGAGUAAUUUCUUUAUUAUUCAAUUUCUUCUCUCGACUUUUCAAAAAUAUCGCUAUUUAUAUGAGCCUGGUAAAAAUUGUAAUGAUAUAAAUUUGACGAUUUCAACUAUUCGAAACCAUUAAAUUCAUUAUCUCCACCACACCUUUUUUUAUUAUAGUAAAAUAUUUCUCUAAAUUCUCUUAGUUCAUAGUAUGUUUGAAAUAUAAAUUUUCUUCACAAAAUAAGAUUAUAUUGCCCCUUGCCUAAAUUCGAUACAAGUUAAAUUAUAUGUGAUAACUUAUUUAAUUUUAAUAUUUGGUUGCACAUAAAUCUUUGUUUUCUUUUUUGUAAUAGGCAAUUAUUUUAAUUAUAAAUACAUUAAAAAUAAUGCAUUGAAAUUUGUUAAUUUCUAAAAUUAUUUUCAUUUAUUUU